AUGGGGGAAGACGAAGAGGAAGAGGAAGUGGACGAAUGGGGUGCAAGGAUGGAGGACGCAAUGGUCGACGAACUGUUCAGGUCUCACUUUGAACACGGCGAAUGCUCACAAUUCGAAACCCUCAAAUCCUGUGCCAGAUCUGUCCUCGUCCAAACCGCCGCUUUCUCCGCAGCCGCAGCUAUAGCCCUCUCUCUUCCACCACCUCCUCCUCCUUCUUCCUCCGCCUCCUCCCUCCCAAAACCCAACAACAACACCAAUGAGAGCACAGAGGAGAAAGAACACAGGGCCCACUUACUAAAGGCAAAGGAACAGGAACUGAUCGACCAACAGCUGGAAGAACUCGACUUGUACCUCCACAGCGACGAAGAUCUGGACGAGGUCAUGGAGGAGAUCCGUGUUGCAAAGGAGGAUCUGGGCAUGCAGGGGGUUCCUAUGAUCGUUAUACAGAACGAGUACCUUCUCUCGGGUGCUCAGACAGCCAACACUUUUGUUCAGGUCCUCCAACGCGUUAUUUAG